GCUUGACUUGAGCUUGGAAUGUCGUUGACCCCAUGCACGGCAUUCAUUCCCGGCCACCUCCCCUUGCAGCCUGCGCGACACUCGUGCACGUCUCACACGUGGCCGAAAACCGCUGCGGUUGCGGUGCUGAUUGCACCGCGCACGCGCUCGGUGCGCGGCUGGAAACAGCGGGCUUUUCUGCGGAGCGGGGUCGUCUCCCAAGCGCCAGAGCUCCUGGAGGCAGAAAGCGAAGAAGAGAGGCUGCAGCGAAUGCUGCUGGACUUGGGGGAGUUCGAGUUGCUGGAAGGCUCUUCAUCUGAGCUCUUACAGAGAGCUUUCACCAGCCUCCGCAACACCAAGGGCGGUAAGGAGGCCAAGGAGCGCCUUCCAAGCAGCUCGGAGCUGCUCGGGCUUUUUGCCAGCGCAGUGCUGCAAGAUCCCAGCAACGUGGAGGCCAUCUUUGGGAUGGGUGUUUUCCUGGAAGUGUCACAUCGCCCCAUGGAGAUGCUGCGCUGGAUGGACCUAGUUUUAGAGCUCCAGCCGAAGCACCUGGGCGCAUGGGAGGCGCGCUCCCGCGCUCAGGAGCACCGUGGGCGGCUUUCAGAGGCCUUGGCGGGCUAUCGGCAGUUGGCGUCUCUGGACACCGCCCGGACGCGGCCCCGCGAUGCCUUGCUGGAACAUCAGCAGGUCUAUGUGCUACCUAUGGAGGUUUGGAGCGAGGGAGUGGCUGAAGACUUGCAGGUGGCGGCCAAGCAUGUUGACAGGGAAUGGCAAGAGAAUGCCUACGAUCCGCCGCGGGACAUAGCUUCAGAUCGAAGCUUUUCGGUGAUGGCCUGGGAUGAUGUGCUUUGCGAGGAAUUGCUGAGGCAUCUGGAGGAAUCGGUGAAGGACCAUUUUGAAUACAUCUUCACGAACCGGCAUGUGUUUGGAGCCGACGAAGAUCAUCAGGGUCCGGCGGCGAACAUGUGGCUGCCAUCGCAGAGGGCCCCAUCCAACGCCGCAGAAGUAGCAGCCCGAAGCAUCCUGCGACACCUCCUGAAGGAGGAGAUCACUGAGUUUGCUGGCGUGGAGUAUUGGGCGCGGGUGCGCUCCUUCAACCUGGGUGCUCGGUUCCACUAUGAUGCAGAUGUGGAUGCAGAGGAGCGUGAAUGGGUCCAGGGCAACCCCUGGCGCCCCUGGACGUCCUGCGUUUUUUACCUCACGACUGGUGGGCCCACGGUGGUCCUGGAGCAAGUCCUCUCACCUGAAGGGCAUCUCACGCCGUCCUUGCCUGCGUGUGGCCACCUUUGUGUGCCCAAGCGGAACCGGCUGCUGGUGAUGCGAGGCGAUCUGUUUCACGGUUCGCUGCCGGUGAAGGUGUGGUUAGACAGCGACGAGUCGCGGAAAGUCUUUAUUUUCAACUUCUGGCGCCGGCAUCGCCCCACAGCACCCAGUUGUCAAGAACCAUGUCUUGCUCGACAUGUGGCCAUGCAGCCACACCUCUUGCAGGACUCCGAGGUUCAGAACCUUGAGAAGUUGAUGGAACUGCAUUACCAAGACCUGCGGGAAACGCCUUUGCGGCCUCAGAUUUUGGCAAGACCUGAGGAUCUUCCGCACUCCUCAGACUUUGGCUAUUUGCCCGUGCUUCUGCCCAUGCCAAGCAUGGAACAAGUUUGUGCUGAAGGAGGCUUCUAUCGUUUGGACUGGUUGCGUGCAGCUGAAAAGUUCGGACCGCAGCCGCAGCGGUGGAUGGUGUUUUUCGCUGGGAGAAGUGGCAACUGACUGAGGGUUGAUAUCUCAAAUUGC